UUGAGCACCUCUCUUAUGCCUGUCCGAUGAUGGCUUGCUGCUAGUAACGAAAAUGGGAAGAUUGAACGUUGCCGCUUUGGCCUUUAGAAGCAUGGCUUUGCGGCGUUGUAUCUUCAGUACGUUUCGAUCUGCGUCCACUUUAAAAUCCAAGGCAGCUUCUUCUAAAGCCACGGACUUGUACACAUUGAACAAGAAGCUUUCCGAUAUAUUAAGAACAGGCAAGCUUAACGAAGCCAAAUCCAUGUUUGAUAAAAUGCAGCAAAGAAAUACGGUGACGUGGAAUUCAAUGAUAAAUGGGUAUGUAAAGCGAAGAGAAAUCACCAAGGCGCGAAAGCUUUUCGAUGAAAUGCCUGAAAGAGAUAUCGUGUCUUGGAACUUGAUGAUUUCGGGUUAUGCUUCAUGUUUGGGGUACAAAUUUCUUGAAGAAGCGAAAAAUUUGUUUGACCAAAUGCCAAGGAGAGAUUUCGUUUCAUGGAAUACGAUGAUUAGCGGUUAUGCCAAGAAUGGAAGGAUGGAUGAAGCUGUAAGGCUUUUUGAGAGUAUGCCUGAGAGGAAUGUGGUUUCUUGGAAUGCUAUGAUCACUGGGUUUUUGCAUAAUGGUGAUAUGCUAAGUGCUACCGAGUAUUUUGAGAGGAUGCCUGAACGGGAUUCUACUUCUGUUAGUGCAUUUGUUUCUGGUUUAGUUCAGAAUGGUCAAUUGGAUGAAGCUGCCAGGGUUUUGACUGAAUAUGGGAGUAGGGGCAAUCGGAGGAAGGAUUUGGUUCAAGCUUAUAAUACUUUGAUUGCAGGGUAUGGUCAGGAGGGAAGGGUGGAUGAUGCUCGAAGACUUUUUGAUCAAAUCCCGUUUAACUGCAAUCACAGGGAUGGGAGAAAUGGGGAGUUUGAAAAAAAUGUGGUGUCGUGGAAUUCAAUGAUCAUGUGUUAUGUGAAGGCAGGAGAUAUUUUUUCUGCUAGGGAGCUCUUUGACCAAAUGAAUGAAAGAGAUAUAAUUUCUUGGAAUACCAUGAUUAAUGGCUAUGUUCAAAUAUCAGAUAUGGAGGAGGCCUUAAAUCUUUUUAAUAUGAUGCCAAAGCCUGAUAACAUGUCUUGGAAUUCAAUGAUCUCAGGGUUUGCUCAGGUGGGUAGGUUAGAACUUGCUUGUGAUUACUUUGAGAGGAUGCCCCAGAAGAAUUUAGUUUCAUGGAACUCUAUAAUAGCAGGGUAUGAGAAAAACAAGGAUUAUAAAGGAGCAAUUAAGCUUUUCAUACAGAUGCAAGCUGAAGGUGAAAAACCUGAUAGACAUACAUUAUCUGCAGUUCUCAGCGUGUGUGCUGGGCUUGUGGAUCUCCACUUGGGCAUGCAGAUUCAUCAGCUGGUCUCAAAAACAGUAAUUCCAGAUGUACCUAUAAAGAACUCCCUCAUUACAAUGUAUUCAAGAUGCGGGGCAAUAAUUGAGUCACGGAUAAUUUUUGAUGAGAUGAAAUCACCAAAAGUUGUAGUAACUUGGAAUGCAAUGAUUGGAGGCUAUGCAUCACAUGGCUUUGCUAUGGAGGCUUUAGAACUCUUUGAAUUGAUGAAGAGGAAUAAGGUUCAGCCGACCUAUAUAACAUUUAUUUCUGUUCUGAGUGCAUGUACCCAUGCAGGAUUAGUUGACGAAGGCCGGGCAUAUUUUAAGGAUAUGGUCAGUGAAUAUGGCAUUGAGCCAAGGGUUGAACAUUAUGCUUCCCUUGUAGACAAUUUGGGCCGGCAUGGGAAACUUGAGGAAGCCAUGGAUUUGAUCAAGAGUAUGCCAUUUGAUCCAGAUAAGGCUGUGUGGGGUGCAUUACUGGGGGCUUGUAGGGUACAUAACAAUGUAGAGUUGGCUCAAGUUGCUGCUGAAGCAUUGAUGAGACUGGAACCUGAAAGCUCAGCCCCAUAUGUACUGCUGUACAAUAUGUAUGCUGAUGUGGGACUGUGGGAUGCUGCUGUGGAAGUUAGAGAAAUGAUGGAAAGAAACAAUAUCAGAAAGCAAGCAGCAUACAGUUGGAUAGAUUCCUCUCAUUACUGAUUAGAAGAAUUCAUUUAUUAGUUGGCCACUCCAAAUUUAAUUCACAGCUGUUCAUUCUGACUAACUGAAUUGGACUGUCAACAGUUUGAAGCAAAGUGCUGGAGUAGUUGUGGCUUUCCCUCUGCUGGUUGAAGGAUGAAGGCACAUGAUCCUAACCUGAUUAGCAGAUCAUGGAAACUUUAUUGCCACACAUAUUUGGAGAUUCUGAUCAACAUCGAAGGCAAGAUAAUUCUAUGUUUAAUUAUGAUGAAGUGGGCAACCCCACAAUUAUUUGUGUUGACAAAUUUUAACAUAGGCUUACAUUUUGUGGCUUGGAAUGGUAUUAUGGUACAGUUUUCCAGCUUUACAAUCUGGUGCUCAGCAACAUGUUCUUGGGCUCCCUUGACGGAUCAAAUGAGGAACUUUGUCAUCAUAUAUUAUAACUCAAGGAAGAAAUUUUUGCAUCACGAUUCAUUAACUGUUAAAGGGCUUGCUAUUUGGAAUCAUAAAGCUUAUAUUUUCUGUUCAAAUGUGACUGCUUGCAACCUUGGGGUUUCACUUUCGCUCAAGACAUGGCAGAGACUGGGACUUUGAUUAGAACCUGCUCCAUCCUUUCUCCUUCAUCUCCUUCCUUACACAGCAAUGUUUCUGAAUUUUGGACUGUCACAUGCUGCUCUAUCCAUUUCAAUUGAAUUGCAUCACAAGUUUGUCUAUGGUUUUGUUUGUCAUGUUCUGAAACAUGGGGACAUAGUGUUUCGAAAUUCAGAAACAUGGAUUCAUUCCAUGUUGCUUUGAUUAAAAACCUUGUUUGUUUGAAGUUUUCCUCAAACCUAAACAUAUAAAGACACCGUAAUGUUACAAGUAGACACCUGGGGGAAAGUUUUUUUUU